GGGUUCUUCUAGAAAACACAAAUACGCAGAGAAAGGAAGGAGCCCCUGAGAGAGAGAAGUGAGAAGAAACGCAAAGAUUAAAAGAGAACCAGACUUCUCUCACUGUUUCAUCUUCUCAAAUCACCUUUUAGCUCCCGAUUCGUUUCUCACUCUUCUUUGCCGUUAACCACAAGUAAACAGAGGCUGGAGCUGGGGAAGAAAAGGAUUGUCUAUGGAGGGAGACGGCGUAAAAGGUUUGGCAUGCCAGAAGACUAUGGAUGGGAAGGCGAGUAACGGGAACAAGGCUGUACCUUCUUGUUGCCUCAAGGCCAUGGCUUGCUUACCUGAGGAAGAUGCUAAGUGCCACUCCACUGUUGUUUCUGGAUGGUUCUCCGAGCCUCGCUCUCGCUCUGGGAAAAAAGGGGAAGCUGUCUAUUUCAAUAACCCUAUGUGGCCUGGUGAAGCACACUCACUGAAAGUUGAGAAAGUUCUUUUCAAGGACAAGUCAGAGUAUCAGGAAGUCCUAGUGUUUGAGUCAGCUACCUACGGGAAAGUGCUUGUUCUAGAUGGUAUUGUACAGCUGACUGAAAAAGAUGAAUUCGCAUAUCAGGAGAUGAUUGCCCAUCUUCCUCUUUGCUCUACACCUUCUCCUAAAAAUGUUCUGGUUGUUGGUGGAGGUGAUGGUGGUGUUCUCAGGGAGAUUUCUCGCCAUAGCUCUGUUGAGGUUAUUGACAUUUGUGAGAUAGACAAGAUGGUUAUAGAUGUGUCUAAGAAGUUCUUUCCCGAGUUAGCUGUUGGAUUUGAAGACCCUCGUGUUCAACUUCACAUUGGUGAUGCUGUUGAGUUCCUUCGUAAGUCCCCUGCAGGGAAAUAUGAUGCCAUUAUUGUCGAUUCUUCAGAUCCUGUUGGUCCUGCUCAGGCGCUUGUUGAGAAGCCUUUCUUUGAAACGUUAGCUAGAGCGUUGAAGCCUGGAGGUAUUCUUUGCAACAUGGCUGAAAGUAUGUGGCUCCAUACUCAUCUUAUCGAAGACAUGAUCUCCAUUUGCCGCCAGACAUUCGAAAACGUUCAGUACGCGUGGAGCAGCGUCCCAACAUAUCCUAGCGGCGUGAUUGGUUUUGUCUUGUGCUCUACCGAAGGACCUGCUGUUGAUUUCAAGAACCCUAUCAACCCUAUUGAGAAACUAGACGGUGCCAUGACCUAUAAACGAGAAAUGAAGUUUUAUAACUCUGAUAUGCACAGAGCAGCUUUCGCACUGCCCACAUUCCUGCGGAGAGAAGUGGCUUCACUUCUUGCUUCUUCUUGACGUCUCUUUUGCUUUGACUGUUUACUUUAUCCCUCCCUCAUAUAUAAAACUCUUAAGAGAGACUCUUCUUUAUAAAGAGGAAUUGAAUAAUUGAAUGAGAGGAGAGGCUUUGUAUCUCUAAGCUCAUUUUUAUAUAUUAAAAGACUAAAUAUUUUUAUAUAUCCUUGGCUUUUAAUGAAUUGUUUUUGUUUUUAUAAGUUCAA